GUUCUCCGGAAGCUCCUAGAACCCAAUAGAAGCAAACCCCAAAUUCGUGGCUUGCAAAUCAAGAACCGCCAUAAAAUUCGUUUCCUUCUUUGGAUCUUACCCCUUCCAAUCGGCAAUCGCCUCCUAUAAAUUCACCUCCUCCUUGCCCUAAUCCAUCGUCUUCAACCCUUUUCUUCAUAGCUCUCUCCGUUGUUUCUUCCGACUGCGCUCUUUUCUUAAUCUCAAGAUGCAAAUCUUCGUGAAAACUCUCACUGGCAAAACAAUCACCCUCGAGGUGGAAAGUUCGGAUACCAUUGACAAUGUAAAGGCAAAGAUCCAAGAUAAAGAGGGAAUUCCUCCCGACCAGCAAAGGCUUAUCUUCGCUGGUAAGCAACUCGAGGAUGGUCGAACCCUUGCCGAUUACAAUAUCCAGAAGGAAUCUACUCUUCAUCUGGUGCUUAGACUUCGCGGUGGGAUGCAAAUAUUUGUGAAGACCCUUACUGGCAAAACCAUCACGCUUGAGGUGGAAAGUUCUGAUACGAUUGACAAUGUGAAGGCUAAAAUCCAAGAUAAGGAGGGUAUCCCUCCUGAUCAACAGAGGCUGAUUUUUGCUGGUAAGCAGCUUGAGGACGGCCGUACUCUUGCUGACUACAAUAUCCAGAAAGAAUCUACUUUGCAUUUGGUGCUUCGGCUUCGUGGGGGUAUGCAGAUUUUUGUUAAAACCUUGACUGGCAAAACAAUCACCUUGGAGGUCGAGAGCUCUGAUACAAUCGAUAAUGUGAAAGCCAAGAUCCAAGAUAAGGAGGGCAUUCCACCUGACCAACAGAGGUUGAUCUUUGCUGGUAAGCAACUCGAAGACGGUAGGACUCUGGCAGAUUAUAACAUCCAGAAGGAAUCGACACUGCACCUGGUGCUCCGAUUGCGUGGUGGGAUGCAGAUUUUUGUGAAGACCUUGACAGGCAAGACGAUCACUUUGGAAGUGGAGAGCUCUGAUACCAUUGACAAUGUGAAAGCCAAGAUCCAAGACAAGGAGGGCAUCCCACCUGACCAACAGAGGCUGAUCUUUGCUGGUAAGCAACUAGAAGAUGGUAGGACUCUGGCAGAUUACAACAUACAGAAGGAAUCGACACUGCACUUGGUGCUUCGGUUGCGAGGCGGGAUGCAGAUUUUUGUGAAAACCUUGACUGGCAAGACAAUCACUUUGGAAGUGGAGAGCUCCGAUACCAUUGAUAAUGUGAAGGCAAAGAUUCAAGACAAGGAGGGCAUCCCACCAGACCAACAGAGGUUGAUCUUCGCAGGCAAGCAACUCGAAGAUGGCAGAACUUUAGCAGAUUACAACAUCCAAAAGGAAUCAACUCUGCAUUUGGUGCUUCGAUUGCGCGGUGGGAUGCAGAUCUUUGUGAAGACACUGACAGGGAAGACGAUCACGUUGGAGGUCGAAAGCUCGGACACAAUCGACAACGUGAAGGCAAAGAUUCAAGACAAGGAGGGGAUUCCUCCAGAUCAACAGAGAUUGAUCUUUGCUGGGAAACAACUGGAGGAUGGGCGAACUUUGGCGGAUUACAACAUUCAGAAAGAGUCGACCCUCCACCUCGUCCUCCGCCUGCGCGGUGGCGUUUAGGCUCGGCUCCGUCGUCAUAUUGUGCUGGAUUUCUCAUGGCGUCUGUUAUGCUUCUCCUGGGUCCAGUAUGGUAGUAAUAAAAUCGGUCCCCAGAAGUACUUUUUAGUUCAAUUUCUAUUAUAAUAUGUUGGUGGUGGCUGUAAUGGCUGAUGGGUCAUGUGCAAGACACCUUCUAUAUGCAUGUAAUAUUUUCUUUCCCCUGGAUAUUAAUGAAAUAUAAUAGUAAAUCAAUAAAUCAUAAUUCCUAUGAAUAAUGGCUUUUCCUGUAA